AUGAAACUGCAGCAGAGUAGAAUUAAACACUCCAACAGCUGUCCCGAUCUGUCUACGCUGCAGAUAACCUCACAGCAGCCCUUCCUCGGUGGCAACACAUCCUACGGUGUCCGGAUUGAGGCAGGAGCAUCUGCGCAACCGUUUCCCCACUCGCCAACGUCAGACAUUGUCAGCAUAGGCGACGGACCGCGCAAACUUGCGUCAACCAAGAAGCGCGUUUCCAACAAGGCGCGCGGCGUCCUAGGCAAGGUCCGGACCUUCCGUAGGAUCGCUGCGGCCAAAAUGGCGCAUCCCACGAUCAAAAUCGAUACAAACGUGACUACCAAGCGGGGCCAUCCGGAGGACGAUGACGACGGACUUGAUAUUCUGGACGAGGAGGAUCUGGAUAACCCCGAGCUAGAAGAAGGCUAUGAUGAGGAUCUACCGCCAUUCCUCUGUCAGUCAGUGUUUGACAUCUAUCGCAAGUUUGAGGACCUUUGUUGGAUGGAGAGUGUUCGUGCGCAUGAAGGGAGAGUCUCUAACGAUCCCUCACAUCGCUGGGCUGUGGAUGAAGACCUUGAAGUCAAAGCAAGGAAUCGAUAUGCCAAUGUUCAAGCAUGGGCAAACUCUCGAAUUCACCUCCGAGUACCGGAGGGUGCAUGUGAUUAUACCAAUGCGUCACCAAUCGUGUUGGAGGAUACUGUAACCCUAGCAGAGAGACGAUACAUCGCAAGUCAGGGUCCGAAAGAGGGACAUUUCGCCCACUUCUGGCAUAUGGUCUUCCAUGAAAGCCGCGAAGUUGCUGUCAUCAUCAUGCUUACACAGACGUUCGAGUUAGGCAAGGAAAAAUGUGCACAGUAUUUUCCUCUCGACCUUGAAGAUCCGACGAUGUUACUGGAGGUGGACGAGGACGAUCCAUUUGUCAUCGACGAAGAACAUGACAAGGAAGAUGCUACUAUUUUAGGCGAGGUUACCCUAUUGGAAACCACUUUCGAUGAAAAGUGUCGCUCUGAGAUUCGCAAACUUGAACUGAGACUGGGUUCGGAAUCCAAGAUUGUCUGGCACUUCCUUUUUGCAGGCUGGCCCGACCAUACCAAACCUGAAGGUGAAGACCGCGCGGCUCUCCUUGAGUUGUUUGAUUUGUCGGCCUCCAAAUGCAGUCCGAAUAAUCCCCGCGUGGUCCACUGCAGUGCCGGUGUUGGGCGAACUGGCACUUUCAUUGCGCUUGACCACCUUCUCAAAGAACUCGACUCCGGACAGUUGUUAAAUGAGACUGACCCAGAGGAAGACCCUGUAUAUGAGACUGUCGAUCGGUUGCGAGAGCAGAGAAUGAUGAUGGUGAUCAAUCCAUUGCAGCUGCAGUUCCUAUACGAAGUCCUGCGAGAGCAGGUCAAUGUAAAACUCGGCAAGACCACUGAAUCUCCGAAGAGCACAGGAGAUGAAAGGUCUCCGAAGAUGGCCAAGUUGUCCAACAAAUCUGAUCUGCAGACAUCUACGAAUCGCCCUUCAACCUCCGACAGGAGCUGGUCUGAAAUCUCGGAUACCGAAUAA